UGCGGGGUCUACGUCGCCACCACAGCUCAGGGCGGGCCUGCAAAGGCGUGGGGGGAAUGGCUCGGAUGGCCUCUAGGGCCGGCGGUCCCCAAGGUAGGCGACGUCUCCACUUCGGGCUUCAGUUCCCUUGUCUGCAAAACUGGGGCGAGAGCAAGGUUUAAAAGCUGUGCUGCGCGUAAGUCUUUCGCGAACGCCAGGCUCGGGUUGCCCUGCCCGGGUCUAGGGGUCUGAAAGUGGCCGGCAAGGUCUCAAGGGCCGCCGCCAUGGACUCGCUGGCAGCGCCCCAGGAUCGCCUGGUGGAGCAGUUGCUGUCGCCGCGGACCCAGGCCCAGAGGCGGCUCAAGGACAUCGACAAGCAGUACGUGGGCUUCGCCACACUGCCCAACCAGGUACAUAGAAAAUCGGUGAAGAAGGGCUUUGACUUCACGCUCAUGGUGGCUGGUGAGUCAGGCCUGGGAAAGUCCACACUGGUCCACAGCCUCUUCCUGACUGACCUGUACAAAGACAGAAAGCUGCUGAGUGCUGAGGAACGCAUCAACCAGACGGUGGAGAUCCUGAAGCACACAGUGGACAUUGAAGAGAAGGGAGUCAAGUUGAAACUCACCAUUGUGGACACACCAGGCUUCGGGGAUGCUGUCAACAAUUCUGAAUGCUGGAAGCCCAUCAGUGAUUAUGUAGAUCAGCAGUUCGAGCAGUAUUUCCGUGAUGAGAGUGGCCUCAACCGUAAGAACAUCCAGGACAACCGGGUUCAUUGCUGCCUAUACUUCAUCUCCCCAUUUGGGCAUGGGCUGCGGCCAGUGGAUGUGGGUUUCAUGAAGGCUCUGCAUGAGAAGGUGAACAUCGUGCCACUCAUCGCCAAAGCUGACUGCCUGGUCCCCAGUGAGACCCGGAAGCUGAAGGAGCGGAUCCGGGAAGAGAUUGACAAGUUUGGGAUCCAUGUGUACCAGUUCCCAGAAUGUGACUCAGAUGAGGAUGAGGACUUUAAACAGCAGGAUCGGGAACUGAAGGAGAGUGCUCCCUUUGCUGUUAUUGGCAGCAACACGGUGGUGGAAGCCAAAGGGCAGCGAGUCCGGGGGCGGCUGUACCCCUGGGGGAUCGUGGAGGUGGAGAAUCAGGCACACUGCGACUUCGUGAAGCUGCGCAACAUGCUUAUCCGCACUCACAUGCACGACCUCAAGGAUGUGACCUGUGAUGUGCACUAUGAGAACUACCGGGCACACUGCAUCCAGCAGAUGACCAGUAAACUGACCCAGGACAGUCGCAUGGAGAGUCCCAUCCCCAUCCUCCCACUGCCCACCCCAGACGCUGAGACAGAGAAGCUCAUCAGGAUGAAGGAUGAGGAGUUAAGGCGAAUGCAAGAGAUGCUGCAGAAGAUGAAGCAGCAAAUGCAGGACCAGUGACCCCGCUGCUCCAGCCUGCCUCUGGCCUCUCCCACCCCUGGACCCUAGACUUGCCUGGACUCCACCCUGGAUUCACUUGGAUCUCAGAGGGACCUGGACCUAACCCUAAACCCAGAGUGGCCCUGAGGGGACUACUCCCAACCCAGAGACACGGAGCCACAAUCCCCUCCCCAUGACCCUAAUUUAUUCUUAGCAUCAGUCUCUACAGGUCAUUUGUAUGUGUUUCCUAGGGGCCUGAAUAACAGUGCUCCCCCAAAAAAUCAGCCCACUCUGGCCUUGGGGAAUCAGGAGUCAAGUUGGACACAAUUUCCUUGAUUCCCCUUCUGAAGAAGGUCAGAGCACCCAGGCUAUAAGCCCUGUUCAGGCAAGGGGAUAAACCAAGGUAGAGAAGGGGAAAGGGCCGGGCCUUUUUCCCCACCCCUGCACUGCUGAGCAAAUUUAGGAGCCCCCUUGUGCCAGUUUCGUGAGUCACCCAGUGUAUACUGACACCCUACUUUGUGCAAGGUGGGCUGGGUCCUCCCUUACCCAGUCACUUAAACUGGGACUAGAGCAGGCAGGCAGGGUGGGGCUACUGAAGCAGCUGGGAAGACUCCAGACUAGAAGGCCAAGCCUUUUAGUUGAGGAGUGUGGGACCAGCAAGCCAAGCAGUCUAGCCCCUUCCUCACAAUGGCCAGCAAAUCCAGAGGACUCCUGGGGUAGGGGGUGGUGGGCUAUCCCCUGGCAACCCUCAUGCCUAGGUGGCUGUUCCCUGCCAAUAGCUCGAGGUGCCCUCUCCAGCAGCACUAUGGUGCUGGGAUCUCAACUCCUCAGCCUCCUUUUUCUCCACCCGCAUGACCCCCACACACCCUGUGCUCCGUUUUGUUAAGUUGUGAAUGCCACGUCCUGUCCUGGUGGCAGGAAAACAAUGUUGGUGAACAUCA